CCUCCUCCGCCCCUUCCCGGAGCAUCGCCGACCUUCGCUGGGGCUGCCCGCACUGCCAGUGGCUCUGCUCUCCCCCCGUCGCCUGCAUGGACUCCUAGCUCAGGCGGCUGCUUCUGGAUUUGGCUUAGCCCUUGGCCGAUAAUGGAGCUGCCCAGCUGUCAGAUGGAAUCUCCGGCCAUUGCCUUCCAGGUAACACCUACACACUGGCUUUCAGGUAGCUGCGGCACCAGCUUGGAUGGCGUACAGAAAGACUUGAUCUACCUGCAACAGUGGCUGGAGGCGUUUGUCAUGAACUUUGAAAAGAUCAUCACCGUGCAGUCUUUGGACCCAAGGAGGCCAGAAGAUUCAGUCUCUGAGAUCCCGCUGCUCCCAUGCGACGUCCUGCACGUACUGAGCCAACAGCUGGCGCACUGCGUAGCCCAGAUUUCCCGCGAGGAGGCAGCCGAGGCGGGCCUUGUCCAGGCGCUCCUUCACGUCAAGUUCUUUAUCAUCAUCUGCAGGAAUUUAGAAAAUGUCCAAGCCGACAGGACGCCAGUUUUUAUCCACGAGGUGCUUAGCUUGCUGGUUGCAUGUACAGCCAAGCUAAAGAACACCCCGGAGCAGUGUGCCCCCGGCAGGUCUCAGCUAGAGACCGUAACCGUCUAUGCAUUGCACCUCUACGAAUGCCUCUUCGACCCCUACCAGACGUGGAGGCGGCAGCUCAGCGGGGAAAUUGUCAGCAUGAAAGAGAAGAGCAAAUACAAGUUUGCACCAGCAGCUUUGCCUCUAGAGUUCAGCACUUUCUUCCAAGGGAGCUUCCAGGACGAGGGGCAGCUUCCCGAGGCGCUCCAGCUGCGACUCAUCCACCUCUUGGGAGCCAUUAUCUCUGGAGCCAAGCAAAACGCCCUGCAGGUGAUCACGCCGGCCUCUGUUGAGGUCCUCAUGCUGGUGCUCAGGCGGUGGUGCUCCCCGUGGAACGGAGACACCAAGGACCCCAAACUCCUGCAGCUCACCUUGAAGACCCUGGUGGGAAUGAUUCACAUCCUGCACGCCAGCAACCCGGGCCAGCGCAAGGUGGAGAUCAGGACCAUCUUGGACAGCUACUUCAAGGUCCUCAACUCAGACCAACCCAUGGCCUCUCUGGAAGGCCCGCCGGCCGCUCGCUGGGAGGAGGGCAUGAUUGCUCUCAGAGUGAACAUGCUGGAUGCAAUUCCGGAAAUGCUGAAUUGUGGUGACCGGCCAGUCCUGCAAGCCAUGUUCCUGAGCAACAACUGCUUCGAACACAUCAUCCGGCUGAUCCAGAACAGCAAGCUCUACGUGAGCGGGGCGCGUAAAGCGGACGAGACGGGGAGCGAGCUCGCCGCACGCUUACUGACCGAGAGCGAUGUCCAGAAGGUGUUCGACAGCAGUUCCGACGCUAUCACAGUUCAUGCCAUCAGUGUGCUCACCUCCAUCAUGAGCAAUUCGCCGUCGGCCAAGGAGGUGUUCAAAGAAAGGAUCGGCUACUCCCACUUGUACGAAGUUCUCAGGUGCCAGAGCCAACCCACUACCCGCCUGCUUGAGGAGCUGCUGAACAUGGCAGUAGAAGGAGACCACAGUGCCUUCCCCGUCCGACUCAUCCGCAACGAGCAGCCGCUGCUGAUGCUCAUCGCGUGGCUCCCCGAGCUGAAGUCGCGGGACCUGCAGGUGUUCCUGUCCGACUGGCUGAAGAGGGUCUGCGACGCCUCCCUGCCCAGCCGCGUGACCUGUGUCAAAGCAGGGAUGGUCAGCUGCCUCCUGGACACCCUGGGCUCUGAGCAGGAGCUGGACCAGAAGUGCUCCAAAAACCUCAUCUACCUUCUGCAGGUGCUGGGCAGCCUCUCCAUCCAGCCGGGGGAGCUCCGCCAGCUCAUCAGGCUGCUCUGGACUGAGCCCGGCAAGGGGCCCCACCCUUACACCAUGCUGGUCAUCCGGGCGCUCUCUGGCAUGGCGAGGAAGGACCGGUCCGAGAGGGCGCUGCAGUACUUCGACCUGACGCCAAGUAUGGCCGGAAUUAUGGUUCCAGCAAUCCAGAAAUGGCCUGGGAGCGGCUUUGCCUUCCACGCCUGGGUCUGUCUGAACGAGAAGCCCGAAGACUUGUCAGAUCCGCCUAUGAGACUGAAGCGGAAACAGCUAUACAGCUUUUUCACGGCCAGCGGCACCGGCUUCGAGGCGUUCUUCACGGCCGACGGGAUGCUGGUGGUGGCGGUGUGCACCAAGAAGGAGUAUAUGACAGUGGCACUCCCAGAACUCACCUUCAACGAUUCUGCAUGGCAUUGCAUCGACAUCGUCCAUGUCACCGGCCGCCGACCCUUCGGCCAGAACCUGGUCAACAUCUACACAGACGGGCAGCUGCGGCAGGUGGCUCAGCUGCGCUUUCCUUCCCUCAAUGAGUCUUUCACCUCAUGUUGCAUCGGCUCCGCUGGCCACCGGACGACGACCACCUCCACGGUGUACCCCUCGCCUUCCCACUCACCGGAGCUGGUCUUCCCCUCCCACCCCUCCCUCAGCCGCUCCCAAUCCUUCCCUGCCUCGCUGGCCACGCACUCCUGGACUCCCGGGGCUGCUCAGCCCCCCAGAGAAGGCCAGGUGUCUACGAUGGUGGCAGGGAGUCAGGACACAGAGUGGGGGACCCCUACGUCCCUCGAAGGACACCUGGGGUCAGUAUCCAUCUUCUGCGAAGCCCUCCAGCAGACCCAGGUCAAAGCACUUUUCUCCUCAGGACCAAACGUUACGUCGCCACUCAAGCUGGAAGGCGACUUCCUGGAGCUCAGCAGCAAGCUGCUCCUCUACUACACACCCCAGGCUUGUAAAAAUAACAUCUGCCUGGACCUGUCUCCAAACCAUUUUUUUGACGGGAGGCUGACCGGACACAAAGUGGUGAACUGGGAUAUCAAGGACGUGGUGAACUGUGUGGGCGGCAUGGGGGUGCUCCUCCCAUUGCUGGAGCAAUUGGCAGCCGAGAGAAAAGAAUCGGAGGACAGCCAGGAAACCCAUGACCUGGUUGGGCCAGAACUGACAUCCUCACGGAAUCCCCAAGGGAUGCUCAUCCCCCUGGGCAAGUCCUCAGAGAGCAGACUGGAAAAGAACGGCGUGGCUGCGUUUCUGCUGCUGGUCAAGAACUUUAUCCGGCAUCACCCCGUGAACCAGGAGAGCCUGGUGCAGUGCCACGGGCCAGCAAUCAUUGGAGCUCUGCUGCAGAAGGUCUCCAGCCUCAUGAUGGACAUGAAUGUGCUGGUGGCGUCACAGAUCCUGAUGGAGCAGGUGGCUGCCGAGAGCCACAGCUUCCUGCUGCACCUCCUGUACCAGUACCUGCUCUUCGACUUCCGCAUCUGGAGCAAGAGCGACUUCGCCGUCCGGCUAGGUCACAUUCAGUAUUUAUCGAACACCAUCAAGGACCACAAGCAGAGGAUCCGCAAGAAAUACGGGGUCCAGUACAUCCUGGACUCCAUUCGGACGUAUUACGGCACUCACAAGGAGAAGCCGAUUCCCACGGAUGUGAAGACGGUGCAGAUGUCCCUGUUCAGCCUGGUGAAGGACUUCCUCUGCAGGAGCUUCUCUGCUGACGAGAUGCAAAGCACCCUGAACUACCUGGCUGCGGUGCACGAUGAACACCAGGUGUGUGGGGUUCUGGAGGUGAUCCACAGCUUGCUGAAAGACUCGGCCUCCCAGGAGCAGCUCUACGCCUUCCUCUUUGAGUCGGGGAACGUGGAGGUCCUGUUCUCGCUGCUCGUCCAGAGGAAGUUCUCGGAUGAAGUACGAGAGAGAGUCUUCAAGGUCCUGUACAAGAUGCUGAAAUAUGAGAAGGCCCACGAGCGCAGCAAGUACCGCCUGAAGCUGAAGGACGUCGGCUACCAAGGGCUCAUAUCGAAUCUGAACGACAUCCCAGUGUCCAUGCUGCUCUUCCGGUGUCUCCUGGAGCAGGCCCUUGGCUCAGACUCUCCCAGCUACAAGGACCUGAUGGCCGUGGUGUACCUGUCCCACCGGGCGGAGCUGGCGGUCAGGCUGGAUACCUGCCGGAAGCUCUUCCACCUGAUCUACUCCCAGCACGACAUGGUGAGGCAGCUGGCGAAGCUGGCUGGCUGGCAGGACACGCUCACCAAGCUCUACGUCAAGGAGUCGUACGAGUCCCGCCAGCACAGCCUGAGCGGCUCUGCCAACGGGGGCUGCCUUGGCCUCCUGAAGCUCUCGGAGCACGCGGGAAAGGAGUCAGGCACCGAGGCUGGGAAGGAGCAGCUGGACAUCACCAGCCCUGCCCUGGCAGACCUUCAGGACCUGGACGUCUUCCUGCCAAUGGGGUUCGAGUCCUCCGACCAGGAGCUUUCCGAGGGCUUCUCGGACCACUCCGUCUCCCCGACCAGCGGCUCCAAGCCCUUCCGCUCCUAUAAUUUCAAAUCCUUUGACUCCCUGGACUGCACCAGCCGCUCCUCCUCCUCCAACACUAUCGACAUCCCCGGCCAGAGGGAAGCCCCCUCCACUGACGCCCUCCAGUUUGACAGCGUCUACCAUCCGCUCUCGCCCUUCUGCAUGUCGCCCUUCGACCUUGGCCUCGACCUGGCCAGCACCUGCUCCACCGCCACGGUGGAGAGCGGCAACCAGACGCCAGGGAGCUUGCCGGGGACCCCCUCUCCUCUGGAGUACUUCAAACCUUUCCCGGGCACACGGGCUCGGAAAAGCUCCAGCCUCUCCAACGUCCUGGACGAAAGCAGCUACCAGGAGACGCUGGCCAGCGACGACGUCUCCAAUACCAGUAACCCCCAGCAAACGCCAGAGGAGGAGCUGUGCAACCUGCUCACCAACAUCAUCUUCUCGGUGACCUGGCGCGGGGUGGAAGGCUGGGAUGACACAGCUUGGAAGGAGCGCGGGCAGGUCUUCUCCGUCCUCACCAAGCUGGGCACAGCCUGCGAGCUGGUACGGCCGCCGGAUGAGAUCAAGCGCAGCCUCCUGGAGAUGAUGUUGGAAUCGGCCUUCACAGACAUCAAGGAGUCAGCCCCGGCCACUUUGCCCAGCCUCACCCAGAACGUGCUCAAGUUGCUGAGGCUCCUCCAGGACUUCUUGUUUUCCGAGGGACACAACAACCAGGCCCUGUGGAGUGAGAAGAUCUACGAGGGGGUGAACAGCCUGCUGGACAAGCUGGGAGUGUGGUACCACUUGGCCAACGGGACCUCGGACCUGAAGGAGAUGGCUCAGAUUGGCCUGCGUGUCCUCGUUGGGUACAGCGGUCUGGAGGAGGCUCAGCAGCUGCACUCGCUGGCCUACGUCAAGCUCCACGGCCUGCUCCAGACAGCCUCGGCCCCCCAGGAGGAGGAGGCCUGCUACCUGCUGGGCAAGCUGGAGAGUCCCCUGAGCCGCGCGCUGCACCCCAAGUCCGAGGCCUUCUCCUGGCUCCUGCCCAUCAUCCGCACGCUGCUGGACCAGUGCUACGAAACGCUGCAGCUGCAGCGCCACCUGCCCUCGCUGCCCCCCACCAACGGCAGCCCCACCUUCUAUGAGGACUUCCAGCUUUUCUGCACCAGCCCCGAGUGGAGGGCCUUCAUCGAGAAGCACGUCCAGCCCAUGAUGGCACAGUUUGAAAUCGACACAUUCGCCAAGAGCCAUGACCACAUGUCCAAUUUCUGGAACUCCUGCUACGAUGCCUUGAUGAGCAGCUCCCUGCGCAGGGAGCGGGAGAAAGAGGAGAGCAGGAAGAAGUUCCAGGAGCUGAUCCUGGAGCCGGUGAUGAAGCGCUGCAAGUACGAGCACAUCCGGCACGUGAACGUCCUGAAACAGAUCAACAACCAUCACGGCAUCGUCCUGAAGCAGUGGAAGGCCCUGCGCCGCCUGCUGACCUCACAGCGCUCCGCCUGGGCCGACCGAAACCCCUCAGAGAUUCACUGGAAGCUGUCGAGUGCCGAGACCUACUCCAGAAUGAGGCUGAAGCUGGUCCCCAACUAUCACUUCGACCUCCACGUGGAGGCUAGCGCCCUCCGGGACAACCUAGGCGCGGAUCAUUCUCACAACCUUGUGGAGCCUCUGCCGCUGGCCAUGGCCAAAGAGGCAAAGGUGAGCGAGCUGGAGGAUGAUCAGCUGGCAGAGGAAGACCUCGAGUUCUUGGACAAUCAGGCUGAACCCAAAGAGCAGAGCCAGAGGGAGAAGCUGGUGAUCUCCGAGGACUGCGAGCUCAUCACCAUCGUGGCUGUGAUCCAGGGCCGGCUGGAGGUCACCACGCAGCAUGUCUACUUUUACGACUGCAGCAGCGAGAAGGAGGAGACGGAGGAAGGGAUCGGCUAUGACUUCAAGCGCCCCCUGUCUCAGCUCCGGGAAGUGCAUCUCCGCCGUUACAACCUUCGCCGGUCGGCCCUGGAGUUCUUCUUCAUUGACCAGGCCAACUACUUUGUCAACUUCAGGAAGAAGGUUAGAAAUAAGGUGUAUUCCUCUAUUCUGGGCCUGCGCCCACCCAACCAGAUCUACUUCGGCAGCCGGUCACCCCAGGAACUGCUGAAGGCCUCAGGACUGACUCAGAAAUGGGUCUACAGGGAGAUCUCCAACUUCGAGUACCUGAUGCAGCUGAACACGAUCGCGGGGCGCACCUACAACGACCUGUCACAGUACCCCGUGUUCCCUUGGAUCCUGCAGGACUAUGUCUCUGAGACACUGGACCUGAGCGACCCGGGCGUGUUCCGGGAUCUCUCCAAACCCAUCGGGGUGGCCAACGAGAGACAUGCCAAGGACGUGAAGGAGAAGUAUGAGAGUUUUGAGGACUCCACGGGCAUGAUCGACAAGUUUCACUACGGCACACACUACUCCAACGCAGCGGGCGUCAUGCACUACAUGAUCCGGACCGAACCCUUCACCACCCUUCACAUCCAGUUGCAGAGCGGCCGGUUUGACUGCUCGGACCGGCAGUUUCACUCGGUGCCUGCGGCCUGGCAGGCGCGCAUGGAGAACCCGGUGGAUGUGAAGGAGCUGAUUCCGGAGUUCUUCUAUUUCACAGACUUCCUGGAGAAUCAGAACGGGUUCGACCUGGGCUGCCUACAGAUGUCGAACGACCAGGUGAACGAUGUUGUCCUCCCGAAGUGGGCAAGAUCCCCGGAGGAUUUCAUCCACAAGCACAGGAAAGCGCUGGAGUCGGAGCACGUGUCUGCCCACCUCCACGAGUGGAUCGACCUGAUCUUCGGGUACAAGCAGAGGGGCCCGGCCGCAGUGGAGGCGCUCAACGUCUUCUAUUACUGCACGUACGAGGGGGCCGUGGACCUGGACGCCAUUGCGGACGAGACGCAGAGGAAGGCUUUGGAAGGCAUCAUCAGCAACUUUGGGCAGACCCCCUGCCAGCUGCUCAAGGAACCUCACCCAGUGCGCCUCUCAGCUGAAAAUGCCACCAGGAGGCUGGCCCGGCUUGACACGUACUCCCCCAACGUCUUCGAGAACCUCAACCAGCUCAAGUCCUUCUUCGUCGAGGGGAUCAGCGACGGGGUCCCGCUGGUGCAGGCUGUGGUCCCCGAGAACCAGGCCCAUUCCUUCAUCACGCAGGGCUCCCCAGACGUGCUGGUCACGGUGAGCGCCAACGGCCUGCUGGGAACCCACAGCUGGCUGCCCUACGACAAAAACAUCUCCAACUACUUCAGCUUCACCAAAGACCCCACCAUCUCCAAUGCAAAAGCCCAGCGCUUCCUCUCCGGCCCCUUCGCCCCAGGGGUGGAAGUGUCCUCGAAGACACUGACCAUCUCUCCCGACGGGAAGCUCCUCUUCAGCGGGGGGCACUGGGACAACAGCCUGCGUGUAACGUCGCUGAGCAAAGGGAAGGUCAUCGGGCACAUCACCAGGCACAUAGAUGUGGUCACCUGCCUGGCGCUCGAUCUGUGCGGAAUCUACCUCAUUUCGGGCUCCCGGGAUACCACCUGCAUGGUCUGGCAGGUCCUGCAGCAGGGUGGGUUUUCCAGUGGCCUGGCUCCCAAACCUGUCCAAGUCCUGUAUGGUCACGACGCCGAGGUGACGUGCGUCGCCAUCAGCACCGAGCUGGACAUGGCCGUGUCAGGGUCAAAGGAUGGCACCAUCAUCGUCCACACCAUCCGCCGGGGACAGUUCAUGAAGUCCAUCAAGCCACCCUGUGAGAGCUCACUGCCCGCCACUGUCUCGAACCUCGCCGUGGGCCUGGAGGGCCAGAUCAUCGUCCAGACCACUGUGGCGGGGAGAUCCUCCUUGAAGGAUAAAUUUGCCCUGCACCUUUAUUCCGUCAAUGGCAAGCAUCUCUCCUCCGUCCCACUGGAGGAGCAGGUCACAGUCCUGUGUGUCACCGAGGAGUUCGUGGUUCUGGGGACCAUGCAGUGUUCUCUCCAGAUCUUGGAUCUUCAGAGCCUCCAAGCAGCAGUGUUGCCAAUGCCCAUGAAGGUCCCAGUUCACAGCGUCUCUGUGACCAAGGAGAAGAGCCACAUCCUGGUGGGGCUGGAGGAUGGGAAGCUGAUUGUGGUGGGAGCGGGCCAGCCCUCGGAGGUGCGGACUGGGCAGUUCCACAGACGGCUGUGGCGUUCCACGCGCCGGAUCUCCCAGGUAUCCUCCGGAGAGACCGAGUACAACCCACCCGAGUCCAAGUGACAGGCUUGAUGUGAGGUGACCUGUCCCCAGAGCAUUGCUGGGCAGAGAUGUCCUGCAGCAGGAGGUCUCUGAGAGGUGGCGGAGGGGGCCGGUCCAGCCUUGCCGCUCGGAGGUAUCUGCACUUCCCCUGGGAGCAUGGCGAUCGCUGUGAACCAUGGGAGCCUUGCUGCACUAGGGCUCUCGACCACUCAUUCUCCGAGGGUGCAGAGCUCAGGAUCCCGUUCCGAGCCAGGGGCCUGCACUGGUGACUCUCUGGCUUGCCGAGCCAGGAUGCACGUGGGACGAUCUGGCGUCCCCCAGCCCAUCUCGUUUCCUGCAGAGCUUGAAGUGGAAAAUGUUUUUGUAUUAUUCUUUGUGACUUUCUCACUGGACGGAGAGGCCGGGAAACCAGCAGCUGGUACCCCCUGCCGCCCAGCGGGGAAAUGUCGCAGUAAAUGCGAGACAAUGACCAUCGCUGCAUUCUCAGUCCUCCUUGGGUGGCCUUAACUAGACCCUGUUGCACUACGUAGAGAACUGGUACCAAAACCAAGGACUGCUUUCGGCAGGAGGCCAGUCUGCUGCAGAAAAGCUUUAAUGUGAUGAGACUGGGAAGAGCCUGUUCUGUUUUUCCUCCCAGGGGUUGAAUUUUGGAGGGCAACAAAUACCAGGGGCCCAGAAAGAUACCUACUGAUUGUCUCAAGCCAGCCCCAAAGCCGAGAUGUGUAUAGACCCACUGCUGGCAAAGAAGGGUGUUGCGCUUUCAUUGGGAUUCUUCAGAAUGGUUUGUCUGCUUCUUCCAACAGGGGCACUCAAAUUCAGCACCUCCCAGGGCCCCAGCCAUUUGCUGGUGGGGCCUCUUCUAACUUUCCUAUUGAUUUAUACGUUUUUUUUAAAAAAACAAAAUAAAUGUGCACAAUCUUCUUGUCUCCCAAGACUGGUCUGUUCCAUGGAGCACGAGCCAGCGGGGCUCAUUGGAUGACUUCACCAGCAAUAAAACCCUACCGUUCGUUAGCUUUGCUUUCAUCCUACAGCUCCGGGGCUGUAACGAAACUCCUCUCUGGCUGCACACCGGAUACUCCUGCUUGUAGCAGAAAGGAGAGUUCUUCUCACCCAACCAGGAGAGGAUCAGGCCAGCGCAGGUGCAAGAGGGGUUGGGGUUUGCCUCUCCCAACGAGCGCAGAUCUUAGUAAGAGAGCACGCACCGUCCCUUCCCCAGCAGAGCAGCUCUCGAAACAUGGCAUCUCCAUGAGGGCUCCCGGAGCCAAAGCUGAGCCCUUCUGAAGCUUCGAAGGGCUCGGUCAAAACCUGUGGAGGUCAAUGUUAGAGAGAUCGCAACAGAAGUAAGAAAGCUCCAGCAGUAGAGAUGAAGCAAUACGGGGAUUUUGUCUCCUUCGCAGUCUGGGCCCAUUGUUGAUCCCAUCUGCAGAUGCCCCUCCCCCUCCAGGUAGGCCCAUCUGCCCCUCCGUCAGUCUGUCUGUUUCUGAUACUGAAGUGGCCACAGUUAAUAGGAAUUCACCCAGAAAGAGGCUUAUUUUUGCAGCCAACGGCCAACCCUUCGCUGCUUUUAACCAACUGGGUGGGUUUGGGGGAGGUCCAGUCUACAGACUUUCCAUCCCUGGUCAUGAUGAGAUUUGAAACCACGCUGGCACCUUCUCUGAGGUUCUGAUCUCUGUUUGUUGCUCGAGAGCGGAACGGGGAAGUGGGGUUGCAUUAGGCUAGAAGCAGCUGUCUGAGGCUAGUAGAUGCUUGUGCCUUGGGCAUCUCCCCAUUCAGACAUAGCUCGCAGCUGCAGGGAGCCCAGCAGUCCCCAUGAAAAUGGAACAUUCCAUGUUUACGAUGCAGGGCAUGAGCCCAUCCCCAGAGCGUCUGGGAGCGAAUGGCCCCCAAACAAGGGGCGAUGGAUCGGUCCUUGUAGGACGUGGUUACCCUCACUUAGCUGGAAGGUGAAAGGAGCUGCCAUGUUGUUCCCCACACUUCCUCUCCCUGAUUUAAAAACUCUCCUGCCGUCAGGUAAGCCAGGGGUGGAAGAGGCUGGUGGCGCUUUACUCCGGCCAUGUUCCGGAUGCGUCUGGGCGCAGAGCUGUGGAACCCACAGCCUUUCUGCAUCAUGUUGAUGCUUGCAAUAACAAGCACCCUGGUGCCCGUCAGCUCUCCCUGCGCCUAGCGCCAGUGACUGCCCAUCGCUGAGCCGGGCUUUGGUUUGGAGAGAAAGGGCAGUGACUAGCUUGAAGCUGCUGGGAAUUCACGCCUGACUUCAACCCCCCUCGAACUCUGGAGAUGUUGGUAUCUUGGCUUGAGCUUCAUAACCAGGGCCCCAGUUCUCCAUAAACAGCUGGAUCCGAACUUCCCAGAGAUGGGAGGAGGGAAGAUUCGGUUCUGUAUCUAAAGCUCAUAGCUCAAUCCCAUCUCUCUGCAGAACCACAUGAAACUUCACAAUCCUAGAGUCAGGAGGGGUUGUAGUCAGGUGGGGUGUGGGUUGAAGAGCAGUCUGUCCUUUCCCCUCCCCCCGAACCCAUUCCCUGGCUCUAGGAAAUGGAUCUCUUCCACUGCCCCCAUAUACUCUAGAUAUGUUUUGCCAUGUUACUAAUGCCACAAUAUGGAGACAGGCUGCUUCCCCAUGUCCAGGGAUUUCUCCUAGAAGUCACAGGUGCCUGGUGAAGAUCUGUGGGAGGGUUGCAGGGCGGACGGUGUGAAACACAAAGAGAUGGUCAAGGAACGUUAGGAUCUGAGUGCAAUUCUUGAGGGGCUCAAAGCGAUGAGCGAUGUGCUUUGCUUUUAUUAUUCAUAACGAUGGGUCGUUAAAGCUGCGGCACCUUCCAUCCUCGCAACUUUCUUCCGUCGGUCCUCCAGGGUCCCUUUCCAUCAAACUACGACAGACGAUGUUUACAGAUUGUUUGGACCUUCCACGCCGUGACACCUCCUGACCAAAAAAGGGACAGUCUCUGCCUUGGGACACUGUCAUUUGGUAGCUUCUUUCCAACGAGGGCUGAGAGGAGAGGACAUGGGUCCAUUGUGGCUCACGCUGGAGGAAACAUCCACUGUAGGCCUGGGACAAUCAUCUGCAGAUGCUGAACUGCAAAUGCCACUAAUAAGGGGAGAGAGGCUCUCCAAAUGCACUGUUUGUUAGCCACCGGACCCUGUUCCUGCGGAGGUUGUUACUGGUCUGGAGGUGAUGUUGUGAUGGGUGGCUGGUUAGAUCACGCUCUGCACUGAACGGCACCUCAAUUCUCUUCACAAAGAAAACAAAAAAAGGCAAGAACCACCAGCACUGGGCAAGAGGCUGAAGCAAUGCUCUCAACUUCAUUCCCUGGGUGAAGAUCAAGGUUUAACCGCCGACAGUGCAAUAUUUGCAACUUGUAGAGAAGACUUUUUUUAGCACAUGUGCUGUAUUGAGGUUUGUGUGUAUAUAAUACAAUAUAUAUAUAUAUAGUUUUUGUAACUUUUUUGAAUGAUGUAAAUCUAAAGAUUUCUACUACUUUUUUCCUCCCAAAAAUGGGGUGGUAAGUAUUUGGAGCUUCCCCGAAUCAUGCUGGCUUUUAUAGAGCACCAAGGGACCUACAAGCCUCACCGUGGAUUUUUCUGUCAUCCUUCUUAGAAUUGCUCAAGCCAGGGGAAAUUCAAGGGGUCGUUGCAGGCCCUGUUGUGAAGAUGCUUGAAUUCCAGGGGUACCUGCUCUCUGGUUGGCCUCUGCCAUGUUCUUCUACUUGAAGAGGUUUUUCUUUCCCUCCUUUCACUUGACUUGUACCUUCUCUGAUUUUAUGGAGUCAGGAUGCAACUUGCUGAGGGCUCUUCCUACUCCAGUCUUCUUCACAGACAGGAAUGCUUGGGCCAGAUCUCUGAGACUUCUGUGUGGGGAAGGGUCUGGCAGGCUUGGGAUGCUCCCCUUCAGAGGGAAUGGUUUCCUUCUGACCCUGCAAGAUUCCUUCCUGCUCCACCCACCCCUGGAAUAACAACGUGAAACCUGGUCUUCAAUCUUGAGUGUCUACGUUACAGGGCCCGGUUGUUCAAGUUGGCAUUUGGGCAAGCUGACGUAAGCACCCAAAUUUGGAAAA